AGGAAAAGCUGGACCUUCACUGGAGGGCAACCUGUCAAGGUUAACACAGGUUCACCAACCUACUAUCCUUAUCACUGAAAACCGAAGCCUGUGCAAACACACCCGUUUGCCCCAUGAUAUCAGCCUAAUCAAUGAAUAGAUGUCAGAGGAACAAGUUGUUAACAGAAAUAUCUAUUGCAAGAAUUUCAACAUAUUAAGAGAAUUAUUAUCUUAAUGACUGUAGACCAAUUGAAUCUUUGAAAAAUUAAGUGAACGAUUUGUCGUCGAAGCUACAGUAACUUAAUGGACAACGGUGAUAUCAAUCUUGAAGAAGGGGAGCUUGAUGUAGAUCUCAGCGAUGAGGAGGGAUGCAAGUUGAAAAAUGAAAAUGAUUUAGGAAAGGAAGAAAAGCUUGAUAAAGAAGCUGAAGUAAAAAAGCACAAGAAGAAAGAAAAAAAGGCUAAGAAAGAAAAGAAGCAUAAGAAGAAAAAGAAAAAACAUAGGCAUGACAACAAGGAGAAAUGGUACUCUUCGUUAGUCUUACCUUUAGUUCUCUUAAUAAUGGUGAUGUUGUUCAACCACCUGUGAAUGAAGCAAAAGUAGAAGAUCUUGGAAGUCCCAAAAAAGAAAUUGAUGACGUUCCAUAUGUUCCAAAACGCGUUCCUAUCUCUCUGGAGGAGCUGAUUGCAAAAAGGAAGGCGGAAGAGGCAGAAUUAAUCAAACCGAAAUUUAUAUCUAAGGAGGAGCGUAUUCAGCAAGCCAUCCAAAGAAGACAAGCUGAAGUUCAAGCUCAACGUGAAAAACAGAUCGAGGCCUUCAAAAAACAGACGGAAUAUCUUGAAGGGGCUAAAGGUUACACGCUUGUCUAUUGUUAUGCUUUUAGAUCUGGAACGAAAGAGACGCGCAGAAGAUUUUCAAGAAAGAAUGAGGCAGCACAGAAACUUUAGAAAUACUGGCAAACGAGCAGCUCAAGAAGAAGGUCCAGGUGAUAAGGUAAACAUUUCACAAGAAGAACAAGCUAUCAAAGAGCGCUACUUGGGUCAAAAGCGUCUGACUAAGCGUCGACCGAGGCGACUUAAUGAGAGGAAAUUUGUAUUUGACUGGGAUGUCGCCGAUGAUACUAGCCAGGAUUACAACCCGCUUUACAAAGAAAAGCAUCAAAUCCAGUUUUUUGGCCGUGGACAUAUUGGUGGUAUUGAUAUUAAGCAACAAAAAAAAGAAAUUGGACGCUUUUACUCAAAGCUGUUAGAAAGCCGCCGUUCUGACACCCAGAAAGUUCAAGAAAAGAAACGUCUAAGUGGUGUGGCAAAGCGUGAAGCUAAGCAGAAAUGGGAUGACAGGCACUGGACAGAAAAGGCCCUUGAUCAGAUGACUGAACGCGACUGGCGAAUCUUUCGCGAAGAUUUUAAUAUAUCUACCAAGGGAGGUAACAUUCCAAACCCCCUCAGGUCUUGGGCGGAAAUGAAUGUUGCUGAUGAACUUAAGGAUGUAAUUAAAAAGGUUGGUUAUCCUGAACCAACACCAAUUCAACGCCAAGCAAUACCAAUAGGUCUGCAAAACCGUGAUAUUAUUGGUGUUGCAGAAACAGGUUCAGGGAAAACAGCAGCUUUCCUUAUACCCCUGUUGAAUUGGAUUCAGCGACUUCCAAAACUGGAGAGACUUGAGGACACAGAGCAAGGACCAUAUGCUAUUAUUAUGGCUCCUACUAGAGAGUUGGCACAGCAAAUUGAGGAAGAAACAGUAAAAUUCGGUCGACCACUGGGAAUCAAAACUGUUUCGUUAAUUGGUGGCCUCUCGCGUGAAGAUCAAGCAUUAAAGCUCCGAAUGGGCGCAGAAAUAGUUAUUGGUACUCCUGGUCGUUUAAAUGAUGUCCUAGAAAACCGGUAUAUGGUACUCAACCAAUGUACUUACAUCGUUUUGGAUGAAGCUGAUAAAAUGAUUGAUAUGGGUUUCGAACCUGAAGUCAACAAUAUUCUCACAUAUUUACCAGUUACAAAUGAAAAACCUGAUAAUGAAGAUGCUGAGGAUGAUUCGAAGCUAUUAAGCAAUUUCGCAACAAAACAUAAGUAUCGUCAGACUGUCAUGUUCACAGCCACCAUGCCUCCAGCAGUUGAACGUCUUGCUCGUUCCUAUUUAAGGCGACCUGCAAUGGUGUAUAUUGGAAGUGCUGGCAAACCCACAGAACGAGUGGAACAGAUUGUUUAUAUGGUUUCAGAACAAGAGAAGAGGAGAAAACUAUUAGAAAUACUUGCUGCAGGACUUGAUCCACCUGUAAUCAUUUUUGUCAAUCAGAAAAAAGGCGCAGAUGUACUUGCUAAAGGACUUGAAAAACUUGGAUACAGUGCUGUUGUUCUACAUGGUGGCAAAGGACAGGAACAAAGAGAAUAUGCCUUGGCAAGUUUAAAGUCUGGUCAAAAGGAGAUCUUAGUUGCAACUGAUGUUGCCGGUCGUGGUAUUGAUAUCAAAGACGUGUCAAUGGUUAUAAACUAUGACAUGUCUAAAACUAUUGAUGAAUAUGUACAUCGUAUUGGGCGUACCGGACGCGCUGGUAAAUCUGGUAUUGCAAUCUCACUACUUACGAAAGAAGAUGCCCCUGUAUUUUAUGAUUUAAAACAAUUAUUAAUUCAAUCUCCUGUGUCAACGUGUCCUCACGAACUUGCCAAUCAUCCGGAUGCUCAAACAAAGCCAGGUAUACUAGCUGCGAAAAAACGACGCGCAGAAGAGACAGUUUACAUAACAUAAAGAAAUGGACUUGAUUUUUAUUGUCUGCAAUUUUUAUGCUGGUUUGUAAAUACAGUAUAUUUCAACAAGUAUUCAUUCCAUCCUAUCGUUUUUGUACGUUAGUCCCACUUUUUCAGGGUGUUUGUACAUAAAAGCAUAAAUUUUUGAUAAAAAGCUG